UUGCUGCAACUGUACAUUGCCUCACCGCUGCCGCCAUCUCGCAGCUAUGGACUAUCUCGUCUGCGCCGGCACCGCCGCCAUGAGCGAAAAGACCAAGAAAGGCCCCGUGCGCCAGCCAGCCAAAGCGCCGCGCGUCGUUCGCCGGUCGCCGCGCCCCGAAGCUGUCACCGUCGACCACGCAACGCUGGGCAUGCGGCAGCUCUACACGCGGAAGACGACGGCGCCCGCCAAGCUCCACGCCCGCCGCGUGUACCAAAGCCCCCGCGAACGCGUUCAGUCGUCCAAGAACCAAUACGACCUCGCCGUCUCGUCUGCCCCUGCAGAAGCGCUCGGCAACAACGCGAGCCCGCACCGACACCUCGCCAUUUCCAAGUCGGAGGGCCACGUCACGACGACGACGACGAACCAGCAGAGUAGUGCUGAAGAUACGCUGUCGUCGCCCGCGUCACUUGACCGGAUCGCCUUUGAGAAAUCGCUGCGGGGGUUCCAAGUGCAGGUGGAGGAGCUGCCUGAGGCGGUGUACUUCCCACCCAUGUCCCCGAUUGGGCCGUGGAUGACGUCUUCGCCAAUGCCGCCGAGUGCUGUCACGGAGCCCUUGUCACCUCGCAGUCGACUCCUUGCCUUCUCCAACGAAACCCAACCGAUCCCACGUUGUACGUCGGCCACGGUUCGUAAAACUGCCAAGCCGCGCCGCCCUCGGUCGUCCCAGCCCCGUCCAACGCCACAUGACGAUCUUCUCUGAUGUUUUUAAGACUAUUAAGACUCG